ACACCACUUUCCUGUCUGUUUCCAUCUUCUGUUUCACCUUCUCUUUGCACGAUGUCGAGACUCGGCGGGGCGAAGUCAUGGCGUGACCGCCAAGCGAAAAUCCAUGCCUAUCUGGAACCCAGGCCAGAGUUCAAGAUAUUGAACGCGAUUGUGCAGCAGCCGCAUGAAAGUGCAGCCCAGCAAUCGCUCCCGGAUGCCGUGCAGCAAAUCGUGGACUUGGCUCCAGCUCGUAUACCAGGUGAUGAUGCGCUUGGCGAUCAGAUCUACGCUUUAUCGCUAUGCGUGCUCGAAGUUGUCGAACGAACCGACGACCCCAUGCGACUGCGCUGGCUCGUGGAGUUUCUUCAACAGCUACGGAAAGUAGCUUUGACAGACGACUCUGGCCAGCCAGUAAGAUCUUGCGACAGCCUUGUCUAUACCGAACUCGGCGGCUUUGGGCCCGUCUUUGCCGACACACUCGGAAGUUUUGACCCUCUGGACUCCGAUAUAUUGCCAGAGGAUGAAAAGGCUUGGGAGAACCUAUCUGUCUUCUUCGCACAGCUUACAGGUACUUCUACGGCCGAUUGCACCAACUGGUCACUCUGGUCUCUCACUGCUUUUCAUUACGCCUUUGUGGAACCUAGAGGCCCAGGCAAUGCUGUCUCCAACCUGCCGACUCCGAUUGCGGUGCGCGCCGCCUGUAUUUGGUUCUUGUACGCUGGAGAGGUGUUGUGGAGCAAUGUCCAAACCGGCUUCAACUUUGGGAAAGUCCCAAAAGGAGAGCAACCGGACUUUAAUCGCGAAAAAUGGAAUGCCUGGAGACAGCGGCUGAUGGAAUACCAGUCACGAUUCACCGACGGGAGGACUAAGAAGUUUAUUGAAGAUGCUCUGGCGGAAAUCAAGCGGGUUGAGGGUAAGGGACAUUAGUCGUGUAGCCCUAAUUCUUAAAUGAAUUUCACCGUUCAGCGGCCUCCCUAUUAAUAGUUAGAUGAAGUAACAAUUACCCGAUG